CUUUAUGUGGGCAAGCAUUUGGAGCAGGACAACAGCACAUGAUGGGUAUUUACUUGCAAAGAUCAUGGAUAGUUGAUGUUGUUUCAACAACAAUUCUGGUCCCUCUCUUCGUCUUCACAACUCCCAUCUUCAGACUAUUUGGCGAGGAAGAAGAGAUAGCAGCAGCAACCGGACCUAUCGCCUUAUGGAUGAUUCCUAUUGUCUACUCCUUUGUUUUUGCCUUGACUAUCCAGAUGUUCUUACAAGCCCAGCUGAAGAACAUGAUUGUCGGAGUUCUAUCUGCUUCCUCGUUUGCAAUUCAUAUACUCCUGUCGUGGAUAUUCGUGAACAUACUUGACUUGGGUGUUCCCGGUGCCAUGGGGGCUUACUGCAUUUCUAGUUGGUUGUUGGUCUUUGGAGAGUUUAUAUACGUCUUCGGAGGUUGGUGCCCAAAUACGUGGAAAGGAUUCACGAAAGCUGCCUUCCAUGAUAUAUUCCCUGUAAUAAAGCUCUCAAUAUCCUCUGGCGUCAUGCUUUGUUUAGAGCUGUGGUACAAUUCUGUCCUAGUUCUGUUCGCUGGAUAUUUGCAAAAUGCAACGGUGGCGAUCUCAGCUUUCUCCAUCUGCCUCAAUAUCUGUUCAUGGGAGUCUAUGAUAUGCCUCGGAUUCUUUGGUGCUGCAUGUGUUCGCGUAUCGAAUGAGCUCGGGAGAGGAAAUUCUGAGGCUGCAAAAUUUGCCAUCAAAGUUAUCCUCGGUACAUCAAUUGGUAUCGGAGUGAUUUUUUUUGUCCUCUGUUUAGCUUUUGGGAAACAAAUUUCAUACAUUUUUACAAGUAAUGAAGAGAUUGCAGAAUCAGUUUCAAAUCUCUCUACUCUACUUGCUUUCUCAAUCUUACUAAAUAGUGUUCAGCCAGUACUUUCAGGUGUGGCUGUAGGUGCUGGUUUUCAAGGCACUGUUGCCUUUAUUAACAUUGGCUCCUACUAUGCUUUUGGCGUACCCGUGGCAUUGUUGCUCGGUUAUGUGGCCGAUCUUUCAGUAAAGGGCUUUUGGAUUGGGUUGUUAUCCGGAGUGCUAAUGCAAACAUUUGUGCUUUCCAUCGUGGUAUGGAGACUGGAUUGGGAUGACCAGGUUAAAAAGGCAUCCGGGCGUCUCAAUAGGUGGUUUCUGACUGAUUCAGAGGAGACCAAUUAGAGCUCCAACAUUCUACAUGUACUUGGAUAUAUAUUAUUCUUCGUCUCGGUGAUUACAGCAUAACU